AUGUCUGUGGAACGUUUGCCCAGCCCCCAAACCGGAUCACUGAAGUGGGAGCGGACUGAACCAGACAGUUUGCGGCAGCGCCUAAAUCAGCGGCGGCGGGUCACAGCCGGGCCCACGCGACCUCUCGCGCCGGGGAGGGGCAAGGAAAGCAGCGCGGAGCAAAGCGCAGCAGCUACACCCGGGGCACUCUGUCAGCCGGCGACCCGAGGGCCCGGCGUCCUCGGAGGGCCUGCGACAAAGCUGGACUCGGACAAGGAUGAGACAGGGGCCUAUCUGAUUGACAGGGACCCCACCUACUUUGGUCCUAUCCUAAACUACCUCCGCCACGGGAAACUCAUCAUUACUAAGGAGUUGGCAGAAGAAGGUGUACUAGAAGAAGCGGAGUUUUACAACAUUGCAUCUCUUGUGCGACUGGUUAAGGAAAGGAUACGGGACAAUGAGAACAGAACUUCACAAGGCCCCGUGAAGCACGUGUACAGAGUCCUGCAGUGCCAGGAGGAAGAGCUCACCCAGAUGGUCUCCACUAUGUCUGAUGGCUGGAAAUUUGAACAGCUAAUCAGCAUCGGAUCUUCCUAUAACUAUGGAAAUGAGGAUCAGGCAGAAUUCCUCUGUGUUGUCUCCAGAGAACUAAAUAAUUCUACCAAUGGCAUUGUCAUAGAGCCGAGUGAAAAGGCGAAGAUUCUUCAGGAGAGAGGAUCUCGGAUGUAAACCAAGAAUCUGAAACUCCAGAGUUGUGAACGUUGAGAGCAGUCCAGCAGAGCGCCUCUGUGAAGUUAAGUCUUGCUCCUGUACAGUAACCGAGCUACU